UGGACAGAUCAUAGUAACAGCCACUUAUACAUGCUAAUGGAGUAUGUAUGUGGUGGAGAAUUGUUCACCUAUUUAAGGAAUGCCGGGACAUUUUCCAACGACUCGGCUGCCUUCUACGCCAGUGAGAUUUUACUCUGCCUGGAGUACCUACACAGCCUUCAACUGGUUUACAGGGAUUUGAAGCCGGAGAACCUGCUACUGGACAAGCGAGGUCACCUUAAGAUUACGGACUUUGGAUUCGCCAAAAAGUUGGAUGACAGAUCAUGGACCCUAUGCGGAACCCCAGAAUACUUAGCCCCGGAGUUGAUUCAGAACAAAGGUCACAACAAAGCCGUUGAUUGGUGGGCUCUGGGAAUUCUAAUUUACGAAAUGCUUGCGGGUUAUCCGCCAUUUUAUGACGAAACCGCAAUGGGCAUAUAUCAGAAAAUUUUGUCAGGAAUUAUCGAGUGGCCCAAGCAUUUUGAUUUUGCCGCCAAGGACAUAAUAAGAAAAUUAUUAGCGCAAGACAGAACGAGAAGACUCGGAAACAUGAAGAACGGAGCGAAUGACGUAAAAAACCACAAGUGGUUCAAAAAUUUAAACUGGACGAAUGUCUAUGAGAAAAAAUUAGAACCACCAAUCGUCCCGAGAAUUCGCCACUUAGGCGACACUCGAAAUUUUUUUGACUAUCCAGAAGAGAACGUAAAGAACCAACAUCUCAAAUUUUCUGUAAGUUAUUAUUAUUAG